CCCCAAAGCCGCCCCACCGUGUCAUCGAUAAUUAUAGCUUGGGCGACAACACUUCUCCUUCUCUCACUCCCUCUCCCUCUCUCCCCCCCCCCCCCCCCAUCUUCACCUCUUCCCCUCCUCCCUCCCCCUACCCGCCUCAUGUCCGACACGGCCCUCCCUGAAGGCACUGCGCUGCCUGCGCUGGCGCCACGAGACCCGGAUGCGCCCCCAUCCAGCGCUGGUCGCUCGUCGGUUGGGGCCUCCGCGCCCGACCAACCGCCACAGGAGACGACGGCCGUCCCCGAUGAGAUCAAAGCUCGUCUGGACACAGUUGUCCACUCAGAAAUCGGCGUCUUCACCCUCCUGACUCGAUUGAAGCAAAGUGUAGCCUCCGCCAGAGAAUUCUCGACCUUCUUGAAGAAAAGAGGUGCACUGGAGGACGAACAUGCUCAGGGGCUGAGGAAGCUGUCCCGCGCGAUCGGCGAUGCGGCCUCACGCAACGAAAACCGCCAGGGCACAUACAGCUCCAGCUACAAGGACAUCCACCGACUGCAUGACCGGAUGGCCGAUCAUGGCCAGCAAUUCGCAGUGUCCCUGGCCAAAAUGGCCGACGACAUGGCCGAGCUCGCCACCAACGUUGAACGCGGUCGCAAGCAGUGGAAGCAGACCGGACUUGCUGCAGAGAAAAAAGUCGUCGAUGCCGAGGCGCAGGCCGAGAAGGCCAAGGCCAAAUACGAUACGUUCGCGGAACAGUACGAUCGUGUCCGCACGGGAGACAGGCAAGGAGGCAAAUUCGGACUCAAGGGACACAAGUCUGCCGCUCAGCACGAGGAAGAUUUGCUGCGCAAGGUCCAGAAUGCGGACAGCGACUAUUCGUCCAAGGUCCAGGCUGCUCAAGAAGCCCGUCGGGAACUGGUGGCUACGGGUCGACCGCAGGCCGUGCGCGCUAUCCAGCAACUGAUUGAAGAAUGCGAUUCUGGUCUGACUCUGCAGCAGCAAAAAUUUGCCGUUUUUAGUGAGAAGCUGCUACUGGGACAGGGUAUGUGUGUCAGCCCGCUGAGGAACGGCGAGACCAACGGGGCGCUGGCGCCAAAGAGUCUGUCCGAGGUGGUACGCCAGGUGGACAACCAGAAGGACCUCCAGGACUACAUUUUGAGCCACGAAGGAAACCCAGGUGCAGUCGCCUCGGAGGAAAUCAAGUAUGUGCGUCAUCCGACACUCGGUGGAUCAACAACUACUGCGGCACCGUCACAACCAAGCGCCCAACCCAAACCCCAGUCGACCAUGCCCCAGUCGUUCUCCCAGCAAAACCUGGCGUCGCCCAUCCCGCAACCUUCGCCAAGCGCUGGAGCAAAGCAACCACCGUAUCCGACAGAAGCGGCACCGCCAUCUGGACCUCCACAAGGUCAACCUCCCUAUCCUGUUUCAGGACCACCGCCUUCUGACGGGCCUCCACCACUGGGCCAAAUGCCGGGCCAUGUACCAAUGAUGAUGCCACCGCCCAAGAGCAACCUGCCUCCGUUGAAACCGGUUUUUGGUGUAUCGCUUUACGACCUGUACGCCCGCGAUGGAACCGCCGUGCCGAUGAUUGUGUACCAAUGUUUCCAGGCUGUCGAGCUGUUUGGAUUGAACAUGGAGGGUAUAUAUCGCAUGUCGGGGAGCGCCAACCAUAUCAACCACAUGAAGGCUGUUUUUGACAACGACUCGUCGCAAGUCGACUUCACCAACCCGGAGAACUUCUACCACGACGUCAACAGCGUCGCAGGGCUCUUGAAGCAGUUCUUCCGGGAACUGCCCGAUCCUCUGUUCACAUCGCAGUUCUACGCUGAUUUCGUCAAUGCUGCUCGCAUCGAUGAUGAUAUCCAGCGCCGAGACUCGCUGCACGCUUUGAUCAACAGUCUCCCUGAUGCGCAUUACGCUACACUCCGCGCCAUCAUUCUGCAUCUCAAUAAAAUCCAAGAACAUUCUUCCCAGAACCGCAUGAACGCAGGGAACCUCGCCAUUUGCUUCGGACCAACCCUCAUGGGCGCCAAUUCCGGAGGCAACAUUGCCGACGCGGGCUGGCAGGUCCGCGUGAUCGAGACCAUCCUCGUAAACACAUUCCAGAUCUUCGACGACGACUAG